UAGGUCAAUAUGCAGUACAGUAAAAAAAAAAAAAAAAAAAAAAAGGGAAAAAAAGUACUGCAGUGGUAAAAGCUGAACUCAAGUUUUGCCACUUCUUGCAGGGGAGCGCAGCCUCUGCCUGGAGAUCCUGCAAGCACUUUUUGUCUCAUUCAAAAAUGUCUUCUGAAACGUGUAAAGAUUUCGACCGGGCAAUGGUUUUCCUGGGAGACUACGGCCGCUUCCAAAUUCAAAUUAUGGUUUUGCUGAGUUUAACGGCAAUUCCGUGCGGCUACAUGGGAGUGCUGGCUGUGUUCGUCGCGGACACGCCGGCUCACCGCUGCAGGACCUGGCUCAACUCUACGCUUCGCGACCCUCACGGCGUGGAUUCUUUCCACGGGACCGGACCCGACAGCUGUUAUCGGUACAAGGUGGACACCAACCGGAGCGAGCCGGGCGAACCGAGCAACGGCACGGAUCGAUGCGUGGAUGGAUGGCUCUUCAGCACGGAGAGAUACACCAUCGUGUCUGAGUGGGAGCUGGUGUGUGAAAAUGCAUGGAAGGUUCCCUUCUCUACUUCUAUGUUCUUUGUCGGAGUCCUGUUUGGAUCCCUCGUCGGUGGUCAACUCUCAGACCGGUUUGGAAGAAAGCGAGUGCUUUUUUUCUCCAUUGCCUUACAGUCUGUCACCACCUUGAUCCAGGCCACCUCUGUCAACUGGGUCAUGUUCUGUGCUCUUAACUGCCUGAGAGGAGUGGGCCAUGUGUCCACCUACAUUUCAUCACUGGUUCUGGGGUCUGAGAUGCUGUGUGAGUCUGCCAGAAUAACUUACUCUCUACUGGGCCAAUGUCUUGCUUUUAGCAUCGGGUAUGCCCUGUUGCCACUCUUUGCCUACUUCAUUCGAGGCUGGAGGCUAUUGCUGGUUGCUUGCGCUAUCCCAGGCCUCCUCUUCAUUCCUACUUGGAGGGUUAUUCCUGAGUCACCUCGCUGGCUUUUGCAGAGAGGCCGGGUGAAGGAGGCUGACAUGGUUAUGCGGCAAGCUGCCAAAAUGAACAGAAUCCAGGCAUCUGAAAUCAUGUUUAGCCCUGGUGAGGGCUCGGAAUUACUGCAAAAACCAAGUGAAGAUAAGCAGAUGUAUACAUUUAUGGACCUGAUAAGCACCGCUAACCUGAGGAACAUUACAGGUCUUGGUGUUUUUAUAUGGUUGACAAUCAUCAUGGUGUUUUAUGGGCUGUCUCUCAAUACGAGUAACCUGAAAGGCAACAUUUACCUUAACUGCCUCAUUUCAGCAGCCACUGAUACAGUGGCAAAUGUUUCCACUUGGCUCUUGAUUAACAGAGUUCCACGGCCCGCACUGCUCUUCUUCACACUGAUGUUCUCUGGAAUAACACUCCUUGUCGUUAAGAUUGUCCCGGGGGACAUGAAUACCACAUUUCAGGUUUUGGUUCUCGUAGGGAAGUUAGGUGUGUCUGUGGCUUACAGCUUUACCUUUGUGUUUUUCACCGAGCUGUACCCCACCGUGGUCAGGAACACAGGCUUGGGUAUUUUGUCCACAGCAGGAUGCAUAGGCACCAUCGUCUGUCCUUAUGUCAUCUACAUAGGGAUUUACAGCAAGAUUCUCCCUUAUAUUAUUUUUGGUUCAGUCAGCAUCAUAGCUGCUAUUUUGAGUUUGUUGCUUCCAGACACAAGAAACUGCAAAAUUCCUGAUCUUAUCAGUGAAACCAAACCUAUUCAAUGCUAUUGCACGCCAAAGAAAUGCCCUUGCCUGCAACCCUCCAAGCAACAGGCCGCUAAGAGUGAUGCAACAGCGCCCUCUGUUGACAUUUAAGUUAUAUCAAUAUUACCAAUAAAAAAGUUGUGUUUACACUCCAUUGUCUUUAACACAUUAAAUUUUUUUUUAUCAAA